AGUGUGUUCACCAUCAGUCGGCUCUGAGCAGGAUGAGAACAGCUUUUUCCGUCACCUCCCUUCUCGUCUCCUCACCUCCCAGGGCCGCCUCGAGCGAAAGACGGAAAGACGCAGAGCGCUUUAUAGCCUCCGUAUCUGCAUUGAGUUGAUGGAAGCAGCUGACAGCUGAAGACCAGACCUGAGGAUUCAGUACAACAGGCUGUUACGUGCUUGUACUUUGGAGUUUAUGGUCUACUGUUGCUUUUGAGACGGAUUCUACAAGUGUUUGUGUCUUUAAGAAUCGUCUACAGGUGUGUUUACCUGCCUCAGGGGUUCUAAACAGGUACGAAAGUUUUCGGACUAGCUUGACGAUGACCACCAUGCAGAAGUUGCUCCAGUUGCCAGUGAAUGCUGUGAAUAUCGUGAAGAGCGUGCAGGGAGUCGCUCAGGGUCAGGAGGAAGCUCUCAGUCCGGUUCUGACGCCCGACAGCGGCCCGCAAAACUGGUACAGCGCCGUCCAGCCCGAAGAACUCCGACACCUGAGAUCUGGGGGGACGGGAGGUGGGGGUGGGAGUGGAGGGGGAGAGGGGUCAGAGGAUCGACCCGGGCUGGAGGAGGGGCUUACCAGCGUUCAGUCGCAACCUUUACGACACGAUGACCUGAAGGAGAUGCUGGACAGCAAUAAAGACUCCUUAAAGCUGGAGGCCAUGAAGCGCAUUGUAGCGAUGAUCGCCCGGGGGAAGAACGCCUCAGAUCUCUUCCCUGCAGUGGUGAAGAACGUGGCCUGUAAAAACAUUGAGGUGAAGAAGCUGGUGUACGUGUAUCUCGUCCGAUAUGCUGAAGAACAGCAGGAUCUCGCUCUGUUGUCCAUUUCCACCUUUCAGAGAGGACUGAAGGACCCAAACCAGCUGAUCCGUGCAAGUGCCCUGCGUGUGCUGUCCAGCAUCAGAGUGACCAUCAUCGUGCCCAUCAUGAUGUUGGCCAUCAAAGAGGCGGCGUCUGACAUGUCUCCAUACGUUCGCAAGACCGCAGCUCAUGCCAUACCCAAACUACACAGCCUGGACCCGGAACAGAAAGAUCAGUUGAUUGAAGUCAUCGAGAAACUGCUGGCUGAUAAAACCACACUGGUAGCAGGCAGUGUGGUGAUGGCAUUUGAGGAAGUGUGUCCAGACCGCAUCGAUCUGAUCCAUAAGAACUACCGCAAGCUGUGUAACCUGUUGAUUGACGUGGAGGAGUGGGGUCAGGUGGUCAUCAUCAACAUGCUCACACGCUACGCCAGAACACAGUUCCUCAACCCCAACAUCAACGAGUCUUUGUUGGAGGAGAGCAGCGAAAAGGCCUUCUACGCCUCUGAUGAUGAGGAAGAUGAAGAUAAGAAAGCCGAGGCGGCCGCUCUAGCGAAGAGGAAGCCUUACGUGAUGGACCCCGAUCACAGACUCCUACUGAGGAACACCAAACCCCUGCUGCAGAGCCGCAACGCUGCCGUGGUGAUGGCAGUAGCUCAGUUAUACUUCCAUUUGGCUCCUAAAGCAGAGGUGGGCAUCAUCGCUAAGGCUUUGGUCAGGUUAAUGCGCAGCCACAGUGAAGUGCAAUACGUCGUGCUUCAAAACGUCGCUACGAUGUCCAUCAAGAGACGAGGGAUGUUUGAGCCGUAUCUGAAGAGUUUUUAUAUCCGUUCCACGGACCCGACGCAGAUCAAAAUCCUCAAGCUGGAGGUUUUGACUAAUUUGGCUAAUGAGACAAACAUCUCCACCAUCUUGAGAGAAUUUCAGACGUAUAUUAAAAGCAUGGAUAAGGAUUUCGUGGCGGCCAGCAUUCAGGCCAUUGGUCGCUGUGCUACAAACAUCGGUGAGGUCAGGGAUACCUGUCUAAAUGGCCUCGUACAGCUGCUGUCCAACAGAGAUGAGUUGGUUGUGGCUGAGUCAGUGGUGGUGAUCAAAAAGCUUCUGCAGAUGCAGCCUGAACAGCAUAGUGACAUCAUCAAACACAUGGCCAAACUCAUCGACAACAUCCAGGUGCCCAUGGCCCGAGCAAGCAUCCUGUGGCUGAUUGGUGAAUACUGCGAACACGUCCCCAAAAUCGCCCCUGACGUCCUGAGGAAGAUGGCCAAAACCUUCACCAACGAGGAAGACAUUGUCAAGCUGCAGAUUAUCAAUCUGGCUGCCAAAUUGUACCUUACUAACUCAAAACAGACUAAACUGCUGACGCAAUAUGUACUGAACCUGGCGAAAUAUGAUCAAAACUAUGACAUCAGAGAUCGUGCCCGCUUUAUCCGCCAACUCAUUGUGCCCACCGAUAAGAGCGGCGCUCUCAACAAAUACGCCAAGAAGCUUUUCCUUGCACUCAAGCCUGCCCCUGUCCUGGAGUCUCCAUUUAAAGACAGAGAUCACUUCCAGCUGGGGUCACUGUCUCAUCUGCUGAACGCUAAAGCCGCCGGAUACCAGGAGCUGCCCGACUGGCCCGAAUCGGCACCCGACCCAUCCGUGCGCAACGUGGAGAUUCCAGAGUGGAGCAAAUGCACAAGCCGGAAGGAUCGUAAGGAGAAGAAAGUGGAGAAACCGUUCUACUCAGACUCCGAAGGAGAAUCCGGUCCGACCGAAUCAGCAGAUAGUGAAUCAGAUUCGGGCAGCGGUUCAGAAAGUGCUAGCGGCAGUGAUGAAAGUGCUUCCGGUUCAGAAAGUGAAGAGAGCGGAGAAGAGACCGAGUCUGAAGAGGAUGAGGAAGAUGAGGAGGAGGAAAAGAAAAAAAGGAAGAAGCUGGAUAAACCCAAAGCAAAGAAACCAGUAGAGGAGAGCGCAGAGAGCGAGCAGAGCAGUGGCGCAGAGGACAGGAAACGAAUCAGGAAGGCAGUGAAGAAUCAGAAAAGUGCUUCAGAAUCAGAAAGCGAAUCAGAAAGCAGCGAAUCAGAGGAUGAGUCGGAGGAGGAGUCAGAGGAGGAGUCUGAGUCUGACACCGACGUCAGGAAGAAGAAGGCGCCCGUAUCAAAACAACCUCCCAAACAAUCCAAAAAAGAGAGCAAGAAGGAGACACAGGAAAUGUCUUUGCUGGAUCUGGAUGACUUUGAACCGUCUCCAGCAUCGGCUCCGGUGACUCCGGUUAACUUCCUGUCCAAUAGUCUGGUGUCUGAUCUGGAGGGUUUGUCACUGACUGACACUAUUCUUGCACCUACUACCAUUGCACCUUCUGGUUCAAUAAGGAUGUAUGAGCUCCUGCAUCGUAUAACAGGCGAGGGCCUUGCGGUGGAGUAUUGCUUCAGUCGGCAGCCCUUCAGUCCAGACCCCAACAUGGUGGCCGUGCAGAUCCAAUUCACCAACAACACCACCUCCGAGACCAAAAACCUGCACAUCGAGGAUCCCAGGCUUCAGUCCGGGAUGAGGAUCCGAGAGUUCGCUGAGAUAGACAUGUUAGCAGCCGGUGAAUCAAUUACCGUGGUAAUGGGCAUAGAUUUCUGUGAUUCUACGCAAGCGGCAAACUUCCAGCUGUGCACUCACACCCGCAAGUUCUUCGUUUCCAUCCAGCCACCUGUCGGGGAGCUAAUGACACCAGCAUUUCUGACAGAAAACGACUUCAAGAAGGAACAAGGCAAACUGAUGGGAAUGAAUGAAAUCUCAGAGAAGCUGACGCUGGGAGCGAAAUGCGUAAAUGAACACGUCAUCGUUGAGAGAGUCACAGCCACUGCCAACCUGAGCAGAGUACCAUGCGGUUCAGAUAAAGAGUGCAGUACACCUCCUCCUCCUCCUUCCGCUCCUGUUUACAGAUUCGCAGGUAAAACGGUCAGCAGCGGUUGUCUCGUGCUAGUCACCGUCGCUACGAAGGAAGGCGGCGGAGCUCAGCUGACGGUGAACUGCGAGAAGAUGGUGAUCGGCACGAUGCUGGUUAAAGACAUCCUGCAGGCCCUGUCGCAGUGAUGGCGCCCCCUACAGCCAACACCCUCCUACUGCUGCUUACCGCAUCAAUUCGCAUCUCUGUGUAGAUAUUUCCCCCACGUGGACUGGCUUGUAGCAUCAAAAAUAUACUUAGAACUGACGUCAGAACAGCGACCGUAACGUUCACGGCCCCCGUAAUCAGGAUGUUCGUCUGUUGAAUGUUGCAUGGCAUCAAAGAGAGUUAGUAAAGAUCUCACCUGAAAUAUCAGACCUGGAUUGAUUUUGAUUUAGAAGCUCUUUAGGAUAUACAGUACAUGGCCGACAGUAUUUGGACACCUCAAGUCAGUAACCAGUUAGUAAAUCCAUCUGCUCAGUGAAACAAGUCUAAUAAUCAUCUGAGUGAUUCAUUUGCUGCCUUUGUGAUCUUCCUGAAAUCAAUAGAAACUCUGUGUGGUUUAUUUCAGCAUAUAUAUGCUGACUGUAAUGUCUUACAUCUGAUGCCAGACCGCAUCCCAAUGACGACAGCAGACCUGUUUCCAGAAAUCGGCUUUGAAAACAUGAACUUUGUUGAACUCUCUAAACAUGUCAGUAUCAGUUUCAUAACGCAGUUGAUUUCUGUUGGUUUAGGAAAAUCUGAAGCUUCAAAACACAUCAGUAUGAAUUCACUGCCUUCAUGUUGUAGCAACUUCGUCAAAUCUCUCUCGACAGGAAAUGUAUGUCUUAUCCGUAUUUGCAAAUGUGUAACUGCUGAAUUUAGGACUAUGAACUGGUGUAUCACUCAACGUUCAUCAGCUUCUUGUUCUCGUGAAGCUCUCAGAAGAAUUCAGUAUCUCACACGCCGGUUAUUUUAGAUAUUUUAAUGCAAUCUGAAGCUGUUCAUCCUGGUAAAGACACUGUUAGUAGUUAGUUUUAGACCUUUUUUAGUUAUGAUGAUGUGCUUGAUGGCAUAAACCAGAUCUUCCUUCUUCCCUAGGUUAAAAACGAAA